UUUUUUUUUUCAAGGAGAAAAGACAGAUUUUAAAAAAUCUAAUUGUUUUCUAAUUUUUCGGUUUAAUUUAUUUGUGAAGAGUUAAAAAGAAUAAUUAAGGUAAAACUAUAAAACUUCAGAGUCAAAUGAAAAAAUGUGAUAACGUGACUGAAAUAGUGAAUUAUGGUCAAUCGUUAUCAGUGAAGAGCAUUUUAAUUCUUCAAUAGCAACGAUAUCUCUAGUUCUAUUCGUCAAUCUCGAAAACUGCAUAACCCCAUUAAAAAGAAAACAAAACAAAACUGGAUUUGAAAAUAAAGAUCAAAGGAAAAAUGAUAAAUUAAUUAAUGAAUAAUUAAUGAAUGCAUUAUUUAAAAAAUAUCAGCAAUUCAAGGAGAUGACUCACAAGAAUAAAGAAAUAAGAAAACCCCAGGAAUAUCGAAAGAUUUAAUCGAAGACAAUAAACCUAGACUUGAAAACAGAACUCGAAGGAGCAUCUAUAAAUAAUUAUAAAUAAAUUAAUGAAUUAAUAAUUAAGGAAUUACUUAAUUAAUUACCAAUUUCAAAAGUCGUAGUUAAUCAGCGAAUUAACUAAUAAGAAUAAAGGUAUAAAACAAACUCAUGAGAUGUCGAACGAGUUAAUUAAUCACGAGCAAAUGCCCUCGCUGAGCAAAAAAAUCUGGACUUGAAAAGAGAACUCGAAGGAGCAACUAUAAAUAAUUAUAAAUAAAUCGAUGAAAUGAUCAUUAAUCAAUCAAUUAAUUAAUUAAUUAUCAAUUUCAAGAAUCAUAGUAAUCCAACGAAUAAAGUAAUACGAAUAGAGGAAUAAAGAACUCUUGAAAUGUCGAACGAUUUAAUUAAUCACGAGCAAAUGCCCUCGCUGAGCAAAAAAAUCUAGACUUGAAAGCAGAACUCGAAGGAUCAACUAUAAAUAAUUAUAAAUAAAUCGAUGAAAUGAUCAUUAAUUAAUCAAUUAAUUAAUUAAUUAUCAAUUUCAAGAAUCGUAGUAAUUCAACGAAUAAACUAAUACGAACAGAAGAAUAAAACUCGUGAAAUGUCGAACGAUUUAAUUAACCACGAGCAGACGCACUCGUUGAGCGAAAAAAUCUGGACUUGAAAACAGCACUCGAAGGAUCAACUAUAAAUAAUUAUAAAUAAAUCGAUGAAAUGAUCAUUAAUUAAUCAAUUAAUUAAUUAAUUAUAAAUUUCAAGAAUCGUAGUAAUUCAACGGAUAAACUAAUACGAAUAGAAGAAUAAAACUCGUGAAAUGUCGAACGAUUUAAUUAACCACGAGCAGACGUACUCGUUGAGCACUUCCCUGAUGUCCCCAAGCAAUUCUCCCGAAGAGGGCAUUAACCCGCGACACGACAGUGUCACCAAUAUAUCCGAGAUAAAUGGACCGAGAUCGAAUAAAUCAACGCAAAUAGACUUUUCUCAGUACAACUGGAGACAUGGCCCCGGUGGAGCCCCGAAAACACGACCCCUGAGUGCUGGAUUUGCGUCAAAAUCCAAUCAAGUGUUCAGCUCGAAUCCCGCCAUCAGCAGUCCCACCAGGAGUCCGCUGCACUCGUCGCAGAGCGAAGUUGCCCUGUCGCAGAGGCGACCACCCGCCAAAUUCGUGGCUAUCGAGGUGAAGACUGGACCGAGUCCUCCUUACAGCCCUUACGCGGGGAGCAAUUUGUCGGUGGGCAAUUCACCGUGCAAUUGUUGCUGCAAUUGCAAUGGUAAGGCGAAGGGGGAGGGACCGCCGGCGAGUGAGCAUGAUGGACCACAGGGGCUCAGCUGGAGGAGACUACACAUGAGCAGGGCCAAACUCAAGGCCACAGCGACCACUUCAGAGUUGCUCAGUGGAUUUGCUAUGGUCGCGAUGGUCGAGCUCCAGAUAAACGAAGGGACAGCAGUUCCCGAGUGGCUCUUCGUGAUGUUCGCAGUGUGCACAACAGUGCUCGUGUCAGUUCACAUAUUCGCGCUAAUGAUAAGCACAUAUUUACUGCCAAAUGUCGAGGCAAUUAGUAAACUUCAAGUGUCAAAACUGAUAACAGAGUCACCCCACGAGCGGAUGCGGGGCUUCAUCGAGCUCGCCUGGGCCUUCUCCACGGUCCUCGGACUGUUUCUCUUCCUCGUCGAAGUGGCCAUCCUCUGCUGGGUGAAAUUCUGGGACUACUCCUUCAUGGCUGCCAUGACCAGCACAAUCAUCGUCAUUCCGGUGCUAAUUGUUUUUGUCGCAUUUGCGGUUCACUUCUACCAUUCACUCGUUGUGUACAAGUGCGAGGCCUCGGUAGAGGACAUGGAGGAGUUGGAGAGGAUUAAGAAGAAGUUGGAUAAAGCUACGGUGGGGCAGACUAGUGUCUAAUUUUUUGUGAAGUGUUUUUUUUCUGAUAUUUUACAAGGGAAAUUGUCCGGAGAAAAUAUCAGAGAAAUUGAAUUUUUUUCGAAAAGUUUCUCUUGAAGUUUUUCCCUAAAACGUAUUAGCUGUAAAGAAAUUUCCAAAAUAAUCUGUAGAUUUGUGAAAGGACAACAAUAAAUGAACAAUUUGUAUAAUUUA